UUUUCCGUGCAAUGUUUGAAGUGUUAAGUGGAUGUUCAAAAAGCCUCUCGCGUAAACCAAUCAUCGUGGAACAGGUAAACAAGAUGGCGCUGCCCAGUCGUUGGCGUUCGAGCUCUGGCAUGAUGGGAGCAUGUAGACAGAUGUACGCCCUGUUUGUGCUAUUCCUGCUACCCUGGACUUUGGCUGUUGAUAGGGGAAAUUUUAAGACUUGUGAACAGUGUGGGUUUUGCAGACGUCAUCGUGCAAUGCAGCCAAAUCAGUCACCGUAUGUGAUAUUAAUGGACAGCCUAGUAAUACAUCCAUAUAAAAUUGAAGUUCAAGUUUUAAACAAAGUGAACAAUGUCAAGCUUCACCUUGAGUUAUAUGCACUUGAGGAGAAUAUGGCCAGACUAAAGAUCAAUGAGCUGGAGCCCAUAAAACCCAGAUAUGAAAUUCCAAAAGGAGAUGUUGUUACAGAACCUAUAUUUGGAAGUUUGGACAUUCUUGCGAAGGAAACUGGGAGUCUGACGAUGAGCAUGCAUAACAAUAAGGUUGUCAUGACAGCUGAACCGUUCCGUAUCGACUUCUUCGUAGACAAUGAGCCAUUGAUCAGUGUGAACACAAGAGGCCUACUCAAGUUUGAACACCUUCGACGUAGAGAGGGAUGGGGCAGUAAAUUGGCUUCAGGUCUAUAUUCUUGGUUUUCCCAACCUUUCAGAGAGGCCAAAGAAGCUGAAUCUCCUCCAGAGGACGACAACCAAAAUGACGAGGAGCAUAAAGAGGAGGUGGAGUCAGAAGAUAAAAAUGAGGAUGAGGAGGCAGAGCCAGUUAAAGAGGAGGAGCCAGAUUUAUGGGAGGAGUCUUUUAAAGGACAUGCAGAUUCCAAGCCUAAUGGCCCCACCUCCAUUGGACUGGAUGUGUCAUUUCCUGGGUUUCAGUAUGUCUACGGAAUUCCUCAGCAUGCAGACAGCCUGGCCUUAAGAUCCACCAAGGACAUGGAUCCUUACCGUCUGUUUAACCUGGAUGUGUUUGAGUAUGAGCUUCACUCACCAAUGGCGAUAUACGGCGCAGUACCAUUCAUGAUUGCACACAAUGAGAAGAGAACAGUGGGCAUGUUCUGGCAGAAUGCUGCAGAGAUGUGGAUUGACAUUGCCUCCAACAUUGCAGAUAAGAAUUUCUUGUCCAAGAUGGUUAACCUAGUAGUGGGAGACAAUGAAAUUCCCCAGAUCGACACCCACUGGUUUGCAGAAAGUGGAGUUAUUGACAUUUUCUUUAUGUUUGGCCCCACCCCUGCUGAUAUCUUCAAGCAGAACUCGGUACUGACUGGCAGUACUCCAGUGCCUCCACUGUUUGGUAUAGCCUAUCAUCAGUCCAGGUGGAAUUAUAAUGAUGAAGAUGAUGUCAAGACGGUGGACAGUAACUUUGACAAACAUGAUAUCCCUUAUGAUGUUCUCUGGCUGGAUAUAGAGCACACAGAUGGUAAAAGGUACUUCACCUGGGACAAAUCCCGUUUCCCAAACCCCACUGAGAUGGUGAAUAACCUGACCACCAAGGGACGGAGGUUGGUGACUAUUGUUGACCCACAUCUUAAAAGAGAUGAUAAUUACAAGGUGUACACUGAUGCUAAGAACCGAGGAUACCUGGUGAAGAACAAGGAUGGUGGGGACUACGAUGGCUGGUGCUGGCCUGGCUCCUCCAGCUGGCCAGACUUUAUUAACCCAGAAGUGCGUGACUGGUGGGCCAACAAUUUUGCCUUUGAGGAGUACGAGGGCUCCACAGAGAAUCUCAUGGUCUGGAACGAUAUGAACGAGCCUUCAGUGUUCAAUGGACCUGAGAUCACAUUCCACAAGGAUGUCAAACAUUUCGGGGACACAGAAAAUAGAGAUGUCCAUAACAUCUAUGCUUUUUAUGUGCACAAGGCUACAUGGGACGGUCUACUAAAGAGAUCAAAAAACAAAUUAAGACCAUUUGUUCUCACCAGGGGCUUCUUUGCUGGUUCUCAGAGAUAUGGUGCUGUGUGGACUGGGGACAACAUGGGUGAAUGGGACCACCUGAAGGCCUCUGUACCCAUGGUCCUCUCCCUCUCUCUGGCUGGAAUAUCCUUCUCUGGUGCUGAUGUCGGCGGCUUUUUCAGGAAUCCGGAAGCUGAACUAAUGACUCGGUGGUAUCAGGCAGGGGCUUAUCAGCCGUUCUUCCGGGCACACUCACAUCUGGACACAAAGAGACGAGAGCCAUGGUUACUGCCAGAGGAGAACAUGAAGAUCAUUCGUCAUGUGAUCCGUGAGCGCUAUGCCCUCCUGCCCUACUGGUACACCCUGUUUUAUGAGGGCUCAAAAGGGGGACCCCCGCCCAUGAGGCCCUUGUGGGUGGAGUUUCCUCAAGACAAGGAAACCUUUCCCAUUGAUGAUGAAUACAUGCUAGGUAAGGCAUUGCUGGUGAAGCCAGUGGUAGAAGCUGCAGUGACAGGAUUCAGUGUCUACUUUCCUGGAGCAGACCAGAUCUGGUAUGAUGUGGUGACACAUGAGACAUACCACGGUGGACAAACCACGCACAUUAACGCUCCUAUAUCAAAGAUUCCAGUUUUCCAGCGAGGAGGCACAAUUAUACCAAGAAAAGAAAGAAUACGACGGUCAUCCUCUCUAACCUAUAAUGACCCAUUCACAUUAAUAAUAUGUGUAGAUUUAAAGAAUGAAGCAGAAGGGGAGCUAUAUAUUGACGACUAUGUCACUACUGAAAACAAAAACGCAAAAUACCAACUACGGAAAUUCACAUAUAGGCAAAAUAAAUUAGUAAACAGUAAGGUCAACACAACUGGGACAUAUACAACAAAAGCCUGGCUGGAGAGAGUCGUUAUCAUAGGUUUACCAAAAAAGCCUUCAAAAAUAGAAGUGAGCCUCCCAGGAGGAGGGAGCCAGUCAUUGGAAUUUAAUUACAACCCAAGUCAGCACGUACUAACGAUACGAAAACCAGCAGUUAACAUAGGCACUGACUGGACAAUCUCUUUGAUGUAGAGAGCUCAGCAGUAUGUCUGUAUGAACAGUGC